AACGGACGAGCAAGAGCAGCAGCAAAGGCAUAGGCAUUAGUCAUGUCUCGCCUCUUUCUCAACUCUCCCGCUCCCACAUCCGCGCUGGUGACUCCACACCCUCCAAAAUUCUCUACAACUUACCAUACCAGUUAUCUGGUGAGACUACCACAGUGGAAAUGGAAGACCACUUGUUUUCGAAAUUCUGGUGUUGAUGCCUUCUUCUCUGAUCCCAUUCUCCAACAAGCCCUUAAGGAACCAGUUGCCUUUGCAGGUGGGAUGUUUGCAGGUCUUUUGAGGCUUGAUUUGAAUGAAGAUCCACUCAAGGAAUGGGUAACAAGGACUGUGGAGGCAUCUGGGAUCUCAGAGGAAGAAAUUGAUGAUGAAGGGUCCAAACCAGAAGAAGUACCGCAACAGAUUGAGAUUGAAUGACUCUCUGGUUAUCCAGGCUUUUUACUUCAUCAAUCCAGUCUAUAUUUAAACCUGGACAGUUGAUACUUGGCAUGUCUACUAUAAUGAUGAAUAGUUAAAAUGUGCUUCUUUGAUGAUGAUAUAUGUGCAAGGCAUUCUGUGUUUGGCAUAGAAA